UGAGAAGUCCCUAGUGAGGCUCAAGGUGAGGAAUUGCCAAGGAGGAGUUGCUGGAGGGGAGGUGUUUGCCCUCACUGCAUGCAUCGGAUGGGGCUGGCUUUCAGUGAGAGAGUUUUGGGAAGCUGAGGCUCUGUUAUAUGAGAUGGUAAGGGACUGGCUGGUUACCUUUCUCAUCCUCAUUAUCAUCAACACAGAUCUACACACAGACUGGACGGUACCGGGGGAUUGUGGGGGCUUCCCUUCAUGGAGGUGCUGCAAGGGCUUCUCGUAAAUCUUGACCUUCCUGAAUACCUGUGUCUAAAAACUGAAGGGUGUUUUGUGGUGCCCUAUGGAUUGCAUAGAACUAGCAGGCAUGCAGGAAUCAUGAUAAAAACCUGAGAGAAGGGUUUCAUUCAGAUGAAGAAUUUCUCUUUCGAUGAAAAAGGAAUUUUGAAUUGUGCAGCUUUUAUUUGUUUUUGCUUUUCCCUUUCAUUUUAAGGCACUUUUGAUCUCUGAAAUGCCGAGAGGAAUAAUCCGCCAUUGUAAUGUAAAAUGGAAAAACCUUCUGCUAAUCAUUCUGCUCAUGGCUGCAACCCUAACUUUACUAAAACAUAACCACAAAUACGUGUUUUUCAAUACGAGCAAUAACUUGGAGCUGACUGAGAAAAACCCACAAUUCCCUGUGAACUGCACUAAGAUCAUAGGAGGCGAUGUUGAGGAAAUUCAGAAUGCUAAACUUCAUUUGUUAACCGUUGAUUACAGGAAACAUCGACAUGCGCUUACUGUGGAGGACUACAUUAACAUGACAAAAGACUGUAGUUUGUUUACCAAAGAACGAAAGUACAUUCUUUAUCCUCUCAGCAAAGAGGAGAGUGAAUUCCCUAUUGCUUACUCAAUUGUUGUUCACCAUAGGAUUGACAUGUUUGAGAGGCUCUUGCGCUCCAUAUACAUGCCACAGAAUUAUUAUUGCAUUCAUGUUGACCAAAAAGCGUCAGCAUCAUUUCUGGAGGCUGUUAAAGCAAUUGCAUUCUGUUUUGAAAAUGUUUUUAUUGCCAGUCAACUUGAGACAGUGGUUUACGCGUCAUGGACUCGAGUGCAGGCUGACUUGAACUGCAUGAAGGAUCUACAUGCGCUUAAUGUACAGUGGAAGUUCUUAAUAAAUCUCUGUGGGCUGGACUUCCCAAUUAAAACCAACCAUGAGAUGGUGGAGAUGUUAAAAGCUUUAAAGGGGGAGAACAACCUUGAAACAGAAAAAAUGCCAUCACACAAGGAAGUAAGAUGGAGGAAACGUCACGAGAUUGUUGAUGGAAAUGUUAAAAAAACUGAAAUUGAUAAAACAUCGCCACCAUUUAAUAUUCCAAUUUUUUCUGGUAGUGCUUACUUUGUUGUCACUAGAGCGUUUGUUAGCUACCUCUUGACAAAGGAGAAAACUCAGUCUUUUUUAGAAUGGUCUAAGGACACUUAUAGUCCAGAUGAAUUUUUGUGGGCUACUUUACAAAGAAUUUCAGAAGUGCCAGGUUCUGUUCCUGCCAAUAGUAAAUAUGACGUUUCUGAUAUGAAUUCUAUCGCCAGGUUUGUAAAAUGGAAAUAUUUGGAAGGGGAUAUGUCAAAGGGAGCUCCAUAUCCACCUUGUAGCGGGAUUCAUGUUCGUGCUGUUUGUGUGUUUGGUGCGGGAGACUUGCAGUUCAUGCUGGGAAAACACCAUUUAUUUGCUAAUAAAUUUGAUGCUGAUGUCGACCCUACAGCCAUUCAGUGCCUAGAGGAACAUUUAAGAUACAAAGCUUUGCAUCCAGAAAGUCACAUUUGAAUUUAAGUGUUCCUUCAGAGUUCUUCAUUCACUGUACUACAAUUACUUUGUAUCAUGGCGUAUAAUACCAAGCAUCUUACUCUGUGAGCUUUCAAUGAGAUGGUAAUGAAGUAUAGGAAACAAUCGAUUUCAUGAAGCUUGGCAACUCUCUCUAUGCAUAUAUGAAGUGGUAGUGAUCUCUACAAGAAGGAAAUUUGUUUAAUUUUUCUUUUUCUGUAUCAUGGUCCACAAAAAUACUGCAUUGCCAUUAUCUAUUUCAUGGCUAAAAUGGAGCACCAGAAUAAUUUAUGAAUAUUAAAUUCACACGCAGACUGUAAUUGUAAUUCUGAACACAAAUGUAAAAUGUAACACAUAAUGUAUUUUUUUUUUUUUUAAUGGUUUUGUGUGUUAAAAAAAGAAAAAAAAACCUCCUCAACUGUGGUAAAUAAGUGGGCUCUUAUUAAAUCAGCUUUUUCUGCACUGCAGGCUGUCCAGUUGACAAGGGGUGGGUAGGAGUAGGGGUUCUGCUGCAUCCUCUUCAGCUCCUGGCAUUUCAGCCAAAGUUAGCGCUGUACCCUCAUGUAUGCGAGUACAGUACUGAUUUCUAUGGAGGACCCAACAAAACAGCGGAAUCCUUCAUAGACAUGGGACAGCUGAAGGAAAUGACAAGAUUGAGAAAAGAUAAGACCACCUUUUGUCAAACGUAGGGAAAAUACAAAGACAAAGUAGUCCAUAUAUUGUCUUGGUAUAUAUUUUGACUGGGUUUGAAUUCAAACCCAGUCAGUGUGAGUAUUUUAUGAACACUCUAUUGAGAAAAAUAUUCAUUUUGGAGAAGGUGAGGUGACAGUGCUGCUUUAAAUUAGUACAUAAACCAAUAAUCAUUUCAAUUCACUUGGCCUAUUAUGUUGGAAGAUGCAAGAUUAUUUUAGGAGCAUAGAAUGCACUAAUUGCAGUCUAAUUCUAGAAUUUUAUCAUUGAGAAAUCUUUAAGAUCUCAUAAGGAUUGCUGUAUGCUCGAUAGCAGAGUGAAAAUGUUUAUGAAUUACUGAUGAUUUACCUUAAGAUGACAAAUGUUUCAGACUGGCUGGGUACUGUGUAUAAUGUAGUUCCCAAACCUUUUCAGUGCCAAGGCAAUCUAUUAUCUAUUUGGGUUUAAAGGGGAGCUGCCCCUUCAACAUUUUUUUAACAUUGUUUACCAAUUCUCUAUAUGUAUAAUAAAUGUGUUUUGUGAGGUGUGGAAAAUAAAAUGCACAAUGCCAUAUUUAGUUCUAUCCUGAAACUUAGCUCCUCCAUGUUGUUCAUUGUUUUAAGUUCUGCGCUUGAACCUUUCAGUCCGUAUAGAGAACUGUUUCAAUAUCUCCAGGACUGAACUGGAUUGUGAUGUCAAUUACCACAUCUUUACCAUACAUAUAAAACAGAAUGGAGUGCCACAUGGAACAAAAGUAAUUUUCAAUGUUUUAUUCAGUGGUGUAAUAUCCAGAAAAUGUAUGGUUCCCUUUAAAAAAAAAAAAAAAAAAAAAAACUGUGAGAGAAUAGACCUGGGUUUAUAAAUUGAUUUUAUCAUUGUAAAAUAAUGCUACACUGCUAUAUCAAGGAGGAAAAAAACAGAACACUUUGUUCAUGAUGCAUUGCCCUGAUUGUUUAACAUUAGUGUUGCAUCAUAUUACCAUUGACAGUUGGGGUGCUUUAUUACAAUGAGUAAAAAUUUUUGUCCUCACUGAAACUGUCACAGCACUUGUUUGGUGUCUAUAAUAUAGAUGUGUGCCUUCAGCUUAUUAAAGGAAAAAAAAAAAGCAUUAAAGCCAAAAGAUAAGUAUAGCUGUACUUACAAGAUAAGAAAUAGGUUAACCUGUAAUGUGAAUACAAACUGCCUUGACUUGGUAUGGUCUACAGGUGACCGAUACUUACUUAAAGGGGCCCUGUAAGUUGGUUUAGAAGAAAUCCCUCAUUCGGUGUUCUGACUCAUAAGAUUGGGGUUGAACAAGCUGACAAUGUUUGCACUUAA